AUGAAACAAUCAUUGUUUUUAUGUUUUGCUUUAAUAAUUGUUUGUAUAAUGACAAUGACAAAAGCAGAUCGUGACAUGAAUGAUUAUGAUGUUGAUCGUAAGGCAGCUGUCGAAUUCUUAAAAAGAACAUUAUUUCAUCCAGGAAAAACUAAAUGUGAGGAACAAAAACGAGAAGCAUCUGAAAAAUAUGAAGAACGUUGCGAACCAAGUGUUAAUAAAAUAACUGGAAGUCGUUAUUGUCCUGAUAUUAAAACAUGGACUGCUUUUCAAAAUUAUGAGAUUGGUAGCGGUAUGGGCCGUUAA